CCUACUUCCCAGUUUCCAGCACCAAGAAGUCGUCCCACCCAAUCCCGAUCCCUCCGGUGGCAAUGGUAAAAGCCCCACCCGGGCGCCGAUCCGGUUUCCUACCCCCGGCCCCCUGCUGACUCUCCUCGAUUAAAGUACAGAGGGCCAGAACGAGAGAGACACCGAGUCAUCCCGAGUUGAAGCAGAUCAUCUCCAAUCUCCAUGCAGCGGGAGAUGGAGGAGCACAAUGGAUCGGCUGCUCCACAGGCUGGAAGAAGGGAAGCACUCUGCCAGGGAGAUGAUAGUUCCCAGGAUGCUCAAAUCCAGGGAUAUUCAGGAAUAUACCUUCCUGAGGACAUCUUGUGUCAUAUACAUUCUCUAAUGCCAAUGCGAUAUGCUGCUCGAGUUGCCAGCGUGUCUCGGACAUUUCUGCGUUCCUGGAGAUCCCAUCCAAGCCUUGCCUUCAGCAAUUUUGAUGAGGUAUUUGGUUCAAAGCGAUUUCCACGACCAGAGGAUGAGAGAACACGAGAUUUCAUCACCUGAGUUGAUGGCAUUCUGAAAAAUCACUCAGGCAUUGGCUUGAAGACAUUCAAGCUUCAGAUUUAUGACAUGAAGUAUGCACCUCGUGAUAAUUUAGACAGUUGGCUGCGGAUUGCUGUUACACCACAGAUUGAAGUACUCUUCCUAGAUCUGCGUUCAAUGAGUGCAAAGUACAACUUCCCAUGCUCACUUUUAUCUGGAGAAUCGCUUCGGUACCUUUUCCUUGCCUCUUGUAACUUUCACCCUGGAAUUGAACUUGGCUGCUUGAGAAGCUUAACAAGACUAUGGCUCCAUAAGGUGCACAUUACGGAUGGAGAGCUAGGGUGCCUUCUUUCCAAUUCUUUUGCUUUGGAGCAGUUAGAACUCUAUCAUUGUAGUAAAAUAAUUUGCCUGAAGAUACCUUGCUUGCAGCAGCUCCACCACCUCGAGGUGUUAAGUUGCGCUAAUCUGCAAGUGAUAGAGAGUAAAGCUACAAAUCUCUCCAGUCUUAGCUUUAAAGUUGACCUCCGCAUGCAACUCUCUCUUGGAGAAACAUCACGAAUCAAGAAAUUAUACAUGUCCUGUUCCAAAGUUGCAUUUUAUGCUCGUACUGAGCUAUUAUCCAGCAUGCGAAAUCUUGAAACUCUUACCUGUUCUAUACAUGAGGUAUAUACUCUUAAACUUCUUGUGACUAGAGUAGCGAAGUGCAUAUAAAUGAUAUUUCUGCAAGCAUUCAUUUGGAAUAUAACAAGACGUGACCUCCUUUUGCAGGCAGUUGAUACACCAAUGCUGCCUAGCAAAUUCCUCCACCUCAAGUUCUUGAACAUUGUUCUUGACGGAGGAACCUUUGAUUAUUUUUCUCUGAUUUCCUUUUUAGAAGCUUCUCCUUCGUUGGAGACUUUUGUCUUGAGAGUAACCACUUGAUCUUCCGGUAAAGAUGUUUGUAACUGUGGUGGAACAGUUGAUUGAGAUUUGACUUUUUUUUUCUCUAGGUACUCCCACUACGUGUGGAGUGUCUCUCGGUUUUCGAAGAUCCCUCAGUUCUAAGGACGAUGCCAGAGCAGUGCCAUGUCAAACUCAGGCGUGUGACAAUCAUCAACUUCUCUUCUGCCAAGAGCAUGGUUGAGUUAGCAUGCCACAUUCUCGAGUCUACUACUUCACUGGAGCACCUUACAUUGGACACCACCUUUGGUAUCCGUAGAUGCUCUGACAACAAAUCUGCCAAAUGCUUGGGGAUGCGCAGGGAGAGGCUUGUGGAAGCCCAAAGAGCACUAUUGGCUGCCCAAACUUACAUCAAGCCAAAAGUUCCCUCCACAGUUGAAUACAAUAUAUUGGAGCCUUGCAGCAGAUGCCAUGCUGUUGAGCCUUAAGAGUCAAAAAUUGUCAUACCUAAGUUGCAGCCUCCUUAGCAUUUGCAAUAUCUCCUUAUCAUUUGGAAUCUCUAUGUUAGCAAA